UGCAUGGAGAUAUAUAGAUCAGCUGAGAGUCGACCAUGGGCUUCCUCAUCAUUCUCUCCAUUGUCCUUUUCUUGCUCUGGUUUUCCCAAUCCCCAGAUAUCAAGGCCCAGUUCAACUACACAGUAUUCAACUUGCAGGUGUUCCUUUUUCUGUUGCCCUUUCUAUUGGUACUCUAUAUGGCUUCAUUUACUACGGGCUGGAGGUUCCGCUUUCCUUUCUGGCAGCCGGAGUACUUCGGCUCAGCUCAGCCAGGCGGCGGCUUGCCUUGGGGUACUGCCUUGGUGGCGGCGCUCAUUCUGGUCUUGCUUUCUUACCAAUCAACCUUUCGUUCCAUGUGGUUUGGACCUUUUAAUUGGGGAGGGAGAAAAGGAGAUUCGAACUAGUAAUUUCUGCUUUAUAAAGUGUAGUCUUCAGCCGAUUGAGUUGCCUCCCUUAGAGACUAGAACUAAUUGUGGUACUUAUCAUGUAAUUACUAUACAAUGAAAUUUGAGUUGAAUGACUUAUUUGGGAU